UAGUAUGAAGAAGAAAGAGCUAAAUUUGAAGAGAUCAAAUCUAAAGAUGAAAAAUAAAAGAAAAUUGAAGUAGUGAAUUGUUUUAAUUAAUAGGAGGCAUAAAAAAAGAAGACGGAAAAAUUACAAAAGGAAAAAUAAAAAUUUAUGACUCUACCUAGAGAAUAAUAAAUCAAAUUGUAAGAAAAAGAGAAGAGAGAUGAAAUCAAAAAAAAAUAUGCAAAACGAACAAUGUAUAUGUGAGAUAUUAAUUAUUAAAAUGUUAGUUGCACCCAAAAUUAACUCAAAAAGAAUAACGUUAUUAUCAAAUAACAUCAAAUCUAUUAAUUAGUUACAAAUAUUUUUAAUAUCCCGUAACUAUAAAACCAACAUGUUUAUAAUAAUAAAGCCAAGC